AUGACAGCUCAGCAUAUUUGGCAUUCAAAUAUAACUUCUUCACAGUUAUUAGCCUUGCCAAAAGAAUUAUUACUCGAAAUCGUCUCCUAUGUCGCCUUGCAAUCCAGCCACUCAUUUGAUUUAUUUCCAACUUCACUAUUAGAAUUGUCUCAAUGCUGUAAAUAUUUACAUUAUCUUGUUCAUAAAGAUCCUUGGAGACAACAAGCAUUGUGGCCUCGUGCAUUUCAUAGUCGAUUUGAUACUGGUGCCAUUUAUCGGCGCAGAUUGCAUUAUAAAAUGAAUUGGCAGGCAACUUUGAAAAGACGUUGUCGAGCCUUAUCUCAAUGUCGAUCCUUUGUCUCCAAUCGGACGACGCAAAUAGCCGCACUAAAGGCCAUCGAUUGGGAAGCCAUUUGGGAUAUACUUACUGAACACGACCAAUGUAACAUUCCCCACCUUUUCUGCUACCAAGUCCACUUUGCUGCAGGCAUAGCCUUCCAAUUGGGUCCUUACUGUGAUCGAGAAAUCUAUCCCGUGGUGUUACCUAUUUUAUCGUUGCUUGUCAAUUAUGACUUUACCCUUGCUCGAUUUCUCACUUCAACAGAUGCUAUAGUGUCUCAAGAAUUAAGUCAAUUUGCUUACAACUUUGAUGCAGAUGCCCUUAUCACACAGCAUACACCGUUACGUUACUUUAAUUCACUUUCCUCUUCAGCAGAUCAACAACAAAUACGUGAACAGAUACAGCAGCAGCAGCACCAGCUCAAUACAUUCUAUCCUGCCCAAGAUUCCCUAGCGUCAGCCUUUCAUUUAUUCUUCGCCACCAUUUUCGCCAAUCAUCCAAAUAUUUAUCAGGCUGUACCAGGCUGCAUCCCCAUCCCUGUGUAUACUUUAAAUUCAAAAAUGUUUGACGUCGAAUUCUUACGACGUUAUGAACGAAACUUAUUUAUUGACAGUCUAUGUAAAGACAGAUCUUUACGAAAUAUAUAUGCUGACUCUGGAUUUGCUUCACCGAAUUAUUUUGUGAGUGAAGCCCAUCUAAUUGAAGGCGAAUGGAUCGGUUAUUAUACCUUCCAAGACCUUGAUGAAAAUGACAACUGGUUUGAUGGUCCUAUGCGGAUCACAAUAAAAAUUGUUCCACUAGAAGAUACCUCAGGCGAACCUAUUAACCAAUCAUCAUGGCUUUCGCAGCAAUUUCCUACAAUGCAUUUAAAAGCAUGUCCUUUGACUCGUUUUGAAGGCACAGGCGUCGAUAACCUAGGAACUUUUACCAUUACUGGUUUGAUUGAUGACACAGAAGAAGGCCAAGUUACAUGGGAGAAAAACUAUAUUGAUUCUGGUGAAACUUGGGAAUAUUCUGGUAGAUUCGCCUGGCCAAUGGGUCUUUGCGGCCGAUGGGGCGAUGAAGAAUAUGGCGGACCAUGGUGGAUGUGGAAAGCAUCACACUAA